GGUCCAGUUUCUGUGGUUCUUGUCCAGUCUCUGUGUUCUUGUCCAGUCUCUGUGGUUCUUGUCCAGUCUCUGUGGUUCUUGUCCAGUCUCUGUGGUUCUGGUCUCUGAUUCCGGACUUUGGGUUCGACCCCCUUUAGCCCCGCCCCCUCGGACCGUCGAUCACUCCGGCUGCGCGCGCUCUGAUUGGCUGAGCCGACGUGUCCACGCGCGGCCUGCGUGGCCCUCUGUAGCUCAGUCUGAAGAACCGAACCUGCGGCUCAGUUCUGGUCCGGUUGGAGAGGGGAGCAGAGCAGGGGCUGCUGCAGGAGUCCAGGCCCGGACGCAACCAGAACCAGGCCCGGCAGAUGCCUCUCAGAACCUGCUCCAGUUCUUUCUUCAUCUUUCCCUCUGAGCCUGACAUGCCCAUCGACAUGACCAUCCCUCUCUACCUGUCCAAGGAGGACUUCGUCUUCACCUCCAAACKCCAACCGUCGGCUCGGAGCUCCUGCCUCAGGUUUCAGCCCUCGGACUUGGUGGACCAGCCUGAACCUGAGGAUGGAGCGGUCGCCCAGAAAAGGAAGAAGCACGUGACGUUCGCYGACACCAAAGGUCUAAGUCUGACCAGGGUCAAGGUCUUCUCGAAGUUCACGGACCCCAUCGAAAUCCCCGUGAACAUCCAGGAGAUGCUGAGCUCCAAACUCACGCUGUCGUCCAGCGAGGAGGACAAACUGGUGCUGGACUUCCCUCAGCCCUCCUCAGACUACCUUCAGUUCCRCCAGAACCUGGAGAAGAACCUGGUGAGCCUGGAGCACUGCGUCGUGAAGGAGAAGGCCUUUGCAGGAACCGUCAAAGUCAAGAACAUGUCGUUUGAGAAGUCGGUGACCCUGAGGGUGACCUUCGACUCGUGGAGGAGCAACGUGGACGUCKGCUGCGAGUACGUGAAGGACACGUACCCGAGUUCUUACUGCGACACCUUCUCCUUCGAGGUUCCUCUGCCCGCAGAGCUGCGGCCCAACGAGCACGUGGAGUUCGCCGUCUGCUACCGGGUGGACGGGAAGGAGUACUGGGACAGCAACCAGGGCCAGAACUACCACAUCGUGUGGUCCUACAUGAAGCGGGGUCACCACUCAGACUCGUCUCACUUCGGGAUCCACUUUGACCGUUACGGAAGCCCCACCUGCUCUCACGGGCUCUUCCCUGAUUGGCCGAGUUACGCCGGAUACGAGAACAUCGGCCCGUACUACUGACCCUCUGACCUGACCGCUGGUUUUAACAAGAAGUUUGUGUCAGGUGGGGGGUUCACGUGGUGUUGGAUCGGACCAGAACCUCACUCUGACGUGGGGUUCUACACUACCUCAUCAUUCCAGAACCGGUUUUAAACUUCAGGACAAGAACCGAUCAAAGUGCCACAGAUCUACGCUGACUCUCAGGUUUUACUUAGUCACUAACAGGAAGUAGCUGCGAACAGGAAGUAGCUGCGAACAGGAAGUAGCUGCAAACAGGAAGUAGCUGCUAAGAGGAUGCAGCUGCAGCUAACUGGAUGCAGCUGCUAACAGGAAGCAGCUGCUAACAGGAAGUAGCUGCUAACAGGAAGCAGCUGCUAACAGGAAGUAGCUGCAAACAGGAAGUAGCUGCAAACAGGAAGUAGCUGCUAACAGGAAGUAGCUGCAAACAGGAUGCAGCUGCUAACAGGAAGUAGGAGCUAACAGGACGCAGCAGCUAACAGGAAGUAGCAGCUAACAGGACGCAGCAGCUAACAGGACGCAGCAGCUAACAGGAAGUAGGAGCUAACAGGACGCAGCAGCUAACAGGAAGUAGCUGCUAACAAACAGAAAGUAUAUAGAAUUCCUGCUAAGAACAAAUAGCUUCUAAGUAGGGUUAUUGCUGCUGACAGGAAGCAGCUGCAGCUAACAGGAAGUAGCUUUUAUCGGCUGCUAACAGAAAGUUCAGACUUUGUUUUAAUGACACCAGUUUAAUAAAUGAUAAACUGACUGAGUCACAGAACAUAAGACGCAGCAGUUCUGUCUCCUGAAAGCACCGUUUUAAGCUGAAAUAGUUUAGUUCUCAGUCAGAUGAAGUUUUGGGUUCAGGGAGAGCCUCGUUAGCAUUUAUUAGACCAUCACAGCUGAAGAGCUGAUUGGUCAGAGAACAGGAAGUCUAAAGUUCAGAAUAAUGUGUUUGUUUGUGGAGGCGGAGCUGCUGUGUCUUCAGAAGGUUCCUUCAUGGGAUUAUGUAACGUUGUGAUGUUUUACACUCAGUUCUGGUGGUCUCUGGUGGUCUCAGUGCAGCUGGGUUCUGGGUUCAGGCCACAGGUUUUAUUCUCAGUGAGGAAACAGAAACUAUGCAGUAAUUUAAACUUGUGAAAACAAUCAGGAAUCAAAACUUGAAAGACUUUUAGCUGGAAGUUGAAGUUUGAAGUCAGACCGCUUUAAUGUUUUAUAAACUGUUCCGUUGUCUUAAAGCCAGGCAGACACCUGCACAGCAGAGGAAGUGCUUUUAUUUUGAAAGGUGAACAGAGGAAGCUGUCAUCAUAAAGGUGCUUUGCCGGAGUUUGACUCGAACAAAUCUUCAACUUUCAGAAUGUCUGUGCACAAAAAACCACUAAAGAUAAGCUAUAUUUCAUUUGUUCAGUGACUCGUUUGAUUGGAUGUUGGCACUGAGUCUGUUUUUAGAGUGUGUGUGUGUGUGUGUGUGUGUGUGUGUGUGUGUGUGUGUGUGUGUGUGUGUGAGAGAUUAACAGGGAUUUUAAAGUCAAUAAAGCUCUGCUGCGUAUUUUAACUCAAACUGUCUGUGGCAAUAAUCUGCUGUUAAAAGAAUCUGAAGAACAAUAAAAAGUAUUUUAAUCUGA